AUGGCCUCGGUUCCAACGUAAGUGGAAUUAUUCAAUAUAAUAUUUUCGGUUUAGAAAACAAGACGAGAAGACGAAGAAGAAUGAGGCUCUGGCUACUGCUAUCCUUAAGGACAAACACAAGCCCAACCGAUUGAUCGUUGAGGGUUCUAGCAAGGACGAUAACUCUGUUGUUGGACUCAGUCAAGCCAAGAUGGACGAACUCGGACUUUUCCGUGGAGAUAACGUGUUCUUGAAGGGAAAGAAGAGACGCGAAACGAUCGCUAUUGUCCUCGCCGAUGAGUCCUGCACUAACGAUAAGAUCUUGAUGAAUCGUGUGGUUAGACACAACUUGAGAGUUAGAUUGGGAGAUGUUGUCAGGUAAGUAUUUGUGGUUAAUAUUGGACAGAAAUCGAGGUAUAAGAAAGCGUGUUUUGAUGAUGGUUGGAGAUGCGUUGAUACAACCCUCGAACAAAAAACAUGCUCCCAGAACAGAGCGUUUCGGUAAAAGGAAGCCGAUCUGGUCUACUUGCGGGGCAUACAAAAAAAAUCAGAACUUUAUAGUUGCAGUUUUGUAAAUUAGAAAGCUGUUUACAUUCUAACAUUUUUUAUUUUAUAGCAUCACCGCGGCUCCAAGCAUCAGCUAUGGAAAGCGAAUCCAGGUGUUGCCCAUAGAUGACACCAUUGAAGGGCUCACCGGAAACCUUUUUGAAGUCUUCUUGAAGCCAUACUUCGUUGAAACUUAUCGUCCGGUACAUAAAGGUGACAUUUUCUCUAUCAAGGCUGCUAUGAGGACCGUCGAAUUUAAGGUGGGUAUUUUUGAAGGAUUCAUCUGUUCUUUAGGCAAACGAACGCGAUGAUAUCUAUAUUUAUCCUCUUUAGGUUAUUGAGACGGACCCAUCUCCAUGCUGUAUCGUCGCUCCUGACACUCUGAUUCAUUACGAAGGAGAGCCCAUCAAGCGAGAGGAAGAAGAAGAGAACAUUAAUGAUGUUGGCUACGAUGAUAUUGGUGGUGUCAAGAAGCAGUUGGCUCAGAUCAAGGAGAUGGUUGAACUUCCACUUCGCCAUCCUCAACUAUUUAAGUCCAUUGGUAUCAAAGUGAGCCUUUUUUCAUGCAGGGUUUCCAUAGUUUUUUAUGUAUGGCGAUGAUGAAUUGUGCAGGGGUCCUGAAAUUGGCCAACAUGUGAUCCAAUGCGGGUUGAAGGGAGAGGCAACGGUGUCUCCGAUCUCUUCUCGCAGAGUAAAAGCACACUCUGAGCUUCUCUUCCUUAUAAUUUUGAAUAUAUUUGUCUUCAACUUCCGUCUCUAAUGAAAUUAUUUUUAGCCUCCACGUGGUAUCCUCCUCUACGGGCCUCCUGGUACUGGUAAAACACUGAUUGCUAGAGCUGUGGCCAACGAAACUGGAGCGUUCUUCUUCUUGUUGAACGGUCCCGAAAUUAUGAGUAAAUUGGCUGGUGAAUCCGAAUCUAACCUGAGAAAGGCUUUCCAAGAAUGUGAGAAGAACUCCCCUUCAAUUCUUUUCAUCGAUGAGAUUGAUGCUAUUGCUCCUAAGAGAGAGAAGACUCAUGGAGAAGUUGAACGUCGUAUUGUCUCCCAACUUUUGACCUUGAUGGAUGGUCUGAAGCAACGUUCUCACGUCGUUGUGAUGGCCGCCACCAACAGACCCAACUCGAUUGAUCCCGCUCUUCGUCGUUUCGGUCGAUUUGACAGAGAGAUUGACAUUGGAAUUCCGGAUGCUCCAGGGCGUCUGGAGGUUCUCAAAAUUCAUACCAAGAACAUGAAGCUUGCGGCGGACGUUGAUCUGGAACAGAUCGCCAACGAAUGCCACGGCUACGUCGGUGCCGAUUUGGCUUCCCUCUGCUCUGAAGCCGCUCUUCAACAGAUCCGUGAAAAGAUGGAGUUGAUCGACCUUGAGGAAGAUACUAUUGAUGCUGAGGUUCUCAAUUCUUUGGCCGUUUCGAUGGAGAACUUCAGAUUUGCUUUGGGCAAGAACACUCCAUCGGCUCUCCGUGAGACAGUUGUUGAGACUCCCAACAUUGACUGGAGUGAUAUUGGAGGUUUGGAGAGCGUCAAGAGGGAACUUCAAGAGCUUGUUCAGGUGGGUUUACCUAAUAUUUUUGACUUUCUUCAAAUUAAUCUUUUACAAUUGCCUGCUUUAGUAUCCAGUGGAGCAUCCUGAAAAGUAUCUCAAGUUUGGAAUGCAACCUUCUCGAGGUGUUCUGUUUUAUGGCCCUCCCGGUUGCGGUAAGACCUUGUUGGCCAAGGCUAUUGCCCAUGAAUGUCAAGCCAACUUCAUCUCCAUCAAGGGUCCUGAACUGUUGACCAUGUGGUUUGGAGAAUCCGAAGCCAAUGUUCGUGACGUGUUCGACAAGGCUCGUGCCGCUGCUCCUUGUGUUCUGUUCUUUGAUGAAUUGGACUCGGUUGCCAAAUCUCGUGGAGGAAAUGUUGGCGAUGCUGGGGGUGCCGCUGACCGUGUGAUCAACCAGAUUUUAACUGAAAUGGAUGGAAUGGGUGCCAAGAAGAACGUUUUCAUUAUUGGUGCGACCAACAGGUAGGAGAACGUUUUGUUAUUAUUCAUUCGUUUUUAGACCAGAUAUUAUUGACUCCGCUAUCCUCCGACCUGGCCGUCUUGACCAGUUGAUCUACAUCCCUCUGCCAGAUGAGCCAUCUCGUCUCCAAAUUUUCAAGGCCAAUCUCAAGAAAUCUCCGGUUGCCAAAGACAUCGAUCUCGGUUUCCUGGCCAAAUCUACCGUCGGAUUCUCCGGUGCUGACAUCACUGAAAUCUGUCAAAGAGCUUGUAAGUUGGCCAUCAGAGAAAGCAUUGAACGGGAGAUUACCUUGGAAAAAGAAAGACAGAAGAGACAGGCCAAGGGAGAAGAGCUGAUGGAAGAUCAAGAACAAGAUCCAGUGCCUGAGAUUACUCGUCUGCAUUUCGAAGAGGUAGGUUUUUGAAAAUGUACUUUGUUUGUUUUUGUUUCAAUGGUUUUCAACAACUUUUUCAGGCGAUGAAAUUCGCCCGUCGAUCUGUGUCGGAUAACGACAUCGUCAAGUAUGAGAUGUUUGCCCAGACGCUCCAACAACAACGUGGAUUCGGCAAUAACUUCAGGUUCCCCGACCAAGGAGGAGCUCAGCCCGCUGGAGUCCCCAACCAGCCCGCUGCCCAACCCGUCGGAGGAAACGAUGACGAUGAUCUUUACAGUUGA